AUGUAUAGUAUAAGUAUUGCACUUCUAAGGCAUAUUUCUUAUGUAUUUACUUCAUUUACUGGCUCUUAUCUAGCUUGGGAAUUAGGAUCUGAAACUUGGACGCGUAAAGAUUGUGUUAUGCCAGCUUUAGCUAUUAUAAAGAAUGAUUUAUUCCUAAAUGAUGCUCGAAUGAUUAAAUGGUCAGAAAUUUUAUUUACAAAAUCCGUUGCUCAUUUUAAACGUGUUGCUUUAACAAAAACUGAAUAUGCUUUAUUAAUAGCUAUUAUUCUUACUAGAUCGAGUAAGAAAUUUAAUAUAGUGUAA